GCUGGCCGGGGCAGCGCGCGGCGUGCCCUUCCGGGCCGUGGCGGCCGGGGCGCAGCACGGGCUGGCGCUGUCGCGCAGCGGGAAGGUCUACAGCUGGGGGAACAGCAAGAACGGGCGGCUCGGCCUCGGGGAGGCCCCCGAGAAGGCCGGCGGCGGCCCCUCGUGCGUGCCCACGCCGCGCGUGGUGGACUCGCUGCCGCUGGCGAAACGCAUCAGCGGCGGCGGCGCGCACUCGGCGGUGGUCGUCAAGAAGGGGCAGCUGUUCACCGUCGGGGACAACCGCCUGGGGCAGUUGGGCAUCCGGCGCAGCGAGGCGACGCAGACCUCGUACUUCCGGCCGGUCACGGCGCUCGACUGCGGCGUGCGGCUGGCGGCGUGCGGCGCACAGCACACGCUGUGCCUCACGUCGCGGGGCACCGUGGUCGGCUUCGGCCGCAACAGCGAGGGCCAGCUGGGCACUGGGGCGCUCAGCGAGUGCGAGGAGGUGCCCGCGCUGGCGCUGGUGGAGCGAAGCCUCGAGGGGCGCGUCAUGGUCUACGCCCUGGGCGUGACGCAGCACCACAGCUGCGUCCUCGCCAUGCGGGCGCCCAGAGACAAGGACGAGCUCUUCCGGUACCUGGCGAGCGACAUGGGCCUGCUCCAGGAGGCCAGCCGCGCCUCCGCCGGCUCCCAGCCGGUCUCGGCAGAGGCGUCGAGCGCCUCGCUGGCGCGCCAGGGCUCGGCCGCGCGGCAGCCGCAGGCGCUUCCUUGGUACUGCAAGAGCUGCUGCGGGCCCUCGGGGAGACCGUGGUGGAAUCAUGCAGAGGCGCGGCAGUGUGCGAAGUGCAAGCUGGGCAAGGGACUGGUCUUCCACAGCGUGCGCCAGCCCGCGGCCCCCUCCCAGCGGAAGCAGGGCAAUCAGGGCGGCAGCGGCAACGGCUACUGGGACGACUCCGUCAAGGUGGCCAAGCUCAAGUCCGAGCUCGCCGAGGCCCGCAAGCGGCUUGCCGCUGUGCAGAGGCCGCCGCCUGGCGGGGAGGACGUGCAGAUGGAGCCGGCCGCGGACGGAGACGGCCCCGAGUCCGUCGCCAAGGACAGGCUUCGCGAGGUCGGCGACCUCAUCGGCAAGCUCAAGGGCAUCACCGAGCCGUCGGUCGUGGCCACGCGCGACAAGCUGCUGGCCGAGCAGGCCGAGCUGCGGGCUAGGGUGGCGGAGCUGCAGAAGCUGCGCGACGACCAGCAGACCAAGCUCGAUGGGCUGCAGGCGCAGUUGCGCGACCUGCAGGAGAAGGACCGGCUCACUCGGGACAAGCUGGCGGCCCUCGACGCUAGCAUGGAGGAGCUGGACCAGGAGCGCAAGAGGCUUCAAGGGCAGGUUCCGACGCCUGGCGACAAGGGGGUUGGUGCCACGCUCGAGGGCCUCGGGAUCUUGCACCAGAGCCUGGGCGCCGAUCACCAGCUGUCGGGCAGCCUCACGGCGAGCUUCCAGGAGCUGCAGAGGUUGCAGGAGGAGGAGGCGGCAAAGUUGGCUGCCCAGAAGGCGCAGGCGGAUGCUGGGGCCGAGGCUGGUCCCGACGUCGAGCAGGCCGAGCGGCAGGACGACGCGGCAGCGCCUCGCACACCACAGCCAUCUGCCUUCUCCGACGACCCUGAGUUCAUGGAGGAAGUCGUUGCGGCUGGGGGCGAGAAACACAGGCUGGAGGAGAUCUUCAUGCGUUGGGGUGCCAAGGAACAUCAUGCCAAGGCCGAGGGCGAUGCUUUGGCGAAGUUGCAGAAUAAAGUAAGAGCUGCUGGGUACCAUGGUAUAUGGGAGCCCGCCCUACCUGGGCAGGGAGUUGGCAGCAGAGGCGGGGUUGCGGUGCUGGCCCCGCUGCGGGUGGUCAUCACCAAACCCCCAGGCCUGGACAGUCACGUGCUGCAGGAAGGCAGGAUGAUGGCGGCCCACGUCCACGCUGGGGUGAAGGGCGGCUUCGUCAUGCUGUCGUGCUAUUUCAUUGUGGACGUCAAGCUGUCGCCCGAGAACCUGGCCAUGCUGUACAAGCUGUACCAAGAGCCGACUUGUCUUCAGAGCCUUCCUGGCCGCACCAUUGACAUGUUCAUGGUUUCUUGCCGUUUGCUGCCUCGCGUUCGGCAACCAGUGGUCGUCGACGCGGAGACGUGGCCGCAUCUACCAGUGACCAUGGAGCUCUCCGCCACGGCUUUUGACGCGAAGGUCAGGAGGCUUGUCGAGCCACGCGGCUUUCGGAGGCCGCCUGCGGCGGGGUGCGCGAGGUUCCCCCCGGACUGGGACCCGACCUUGGCGAUCAUCCAGAGCGCGUCGCACAGCGAGGGCAUCACCAGGGCCUGGGGCGUCGUGCUCAGCGGCAUCGAGUUCGAGCUGCGGGGCCGCUACGACGUCGUGAAGGACGUGGCGGGGUACUCCACGGUGCCAGGCCCCCCGACCUUCGAGCUGGCGAGUUUUCACCCUGUCGUGAAAGGUGCCUGGAGCAGGAGGUCGGCGGACACCCAGGCCUGGGCGCAGGCUGCGCGCUGGGCUCGUCACCUCAGGAGGGUUCGAGUGGCCUUGCAGAGCUUCGUGCUCCAGCUUCGCCCGCAGCAGGUCUUCGAGCUCGGCAGCGUCGGCGAGGCGCACGUCGACGGAGUGCCUGGCCUGGGCGAUGGGGCACCCCCUGCUGCGGAGGUCGUCGGAGUGGCUGGUCUCUCCUCCGAUGGUGGUCGGCCUCGGUCGAGAGCUCAGCGACACCAGCCCCUGCGACGUGCAGGCGAGGACCUAUCGUGGGACGCCGUGCACUCCAAGGCGGCGCGCCACCUGCUGGAGUGCGAGAAUUUCUUCCAGAGGAUCUGGCGGAGGAAGGGAGUCUGGCCGCACCUGGACGCCGAGGCCGUCGGCUUCUUUUCGCGUGGCAUACUCGCCCUGGCGCAGGCAGACUUCGAGCAGCAGGUCGACCGCAUCCUGAGUAUCUCCUCCGAUGCUGAGGCCAAGCAUGAGAAGGCCGCGAUGCAGAGCUGGAGGCAGUGGGCGCAGGCAGCUUUUGUGGCUGGAGCCAAGGGAGCUCACCGAUUCAUGAAGCCCAAGGCUCUCCAGGAGAUCGUGGACGGAGGCAAUGGGCUACAACAUGGGUACGUACUGGCUGAUCGUAAGCUUGAGUUUUGGGAAAGCUUCUGGGUGCGGCAUGGCGGUGAGCUGGCUCGCCGACCUGUUGAUGCUGACACUUGGGAGCAGCUGCCAAGGCUUGAGGCGGCCGACGUACACAAGGCAAUCCGUUGUUUCUCUUGGCAGACAGGCGUCGGGCAGAUCAACAUCGCGCCCAGGGCCAUGGAGCACCUCUCCCACGGGGCGCUGACGGCUAAGGCGCGCCUCUUCGAGCGGUGCGAGCACCUCCUGCUGUGGCCAGACGGCAGAUUCCUCUCGAAGCUCGUGAGACUCCCCAAGCCAGGGGGUGGGGAGCGCCUGAUUGUGCUGAUGAACACGCCGGUCAGGAUCUGGGGACGGGCGAGGCGGCCUGUCUCGGCAGCGUGGGAGAAGGCCCAUGCGCUACCAGAGGUCUGGGGCCACACUGGAGGCAAGUCGUCGAGUGAUGCGGCCUUUGAUUUGGCGCUCACCAAGGAGAUGGCGACCCUGUGCGAUGACGACGCUAUCAUUGUGCUGCUGGACAUGCUCAAAUGCUACGAGCUGGUCAGGCAUGAUGCCAUUUUGUUGGAGUGCAGGGCCAGUGGAUACCCUAUGCGAAUGGCGUUCAUGCUUGUGCAGAUGUACCAGCAGCUGCGCUCGGUGCACUCGUAUUCUUCGUAUUCAGUGGCGCGCAGGGCGUAUCAGGGCAUCCUGGCAGGCUGCACCCACGCCACUACGCUUCUCAUGGUGUUGUUGACUCGCAGCAUUCGCCAGACGAUGUCGGUCGCUCCUCAGGCUCAGCCCAAGGACUUGGUGGACGACGUCGCGCUGUGCUGGGUCGGCAACGAGCCGAGCGGGGUGCGAGAAAUGGCCAUUGCCACUCGUGCUUUCUGCAGGGCUGUCCGGCCCCUCGGGCUGGUGCUGCAGAUGGAUAAGUCUGGGCACCUUACGACGUCCAGGCGCACCAGCUACCACUUUCAGAAGUACGCCAGGCUGCUGAAGAUCGCUGGCAAGAGGCACAUGCGGUAUCUUGGCCACGACCUAGCUGGGUCGUCGGCCACAAGGGCCGUGCAGAAGGGACGCCUGAAUGCCAUGCACGGAAAGAAGGCCAGCGUUCGAGCACUGCAGAAGGGAGCAGGACGACAGCGGGCGGCUCGGCUCUGGGCCACGGGUGUGCUGCCAUCCGCGGGGCACGGAGCCACGGUCAGCGGCAUCAGCGACACGGAGCUGCAGCAGAUGAGGACCAUGGCUGGCGUCUUCUGUGGCUACAAAGGGUCGGGCUCCCUGACGCUGUACCUGGCCGCGCAGCAGUGGAGCUUCGACCCCAUAUUCCACGAUACCUUCAGCAUCGUGGGGCAGUACGCGGCGUGGGUGUGGGAUGGGCGUGUGACGCUCUCCCGACUGCAGCGGGCCUGGAUGGGCUUGCGUGACUCCUGGGAAGCCCGCCACACUCACGUCACGUGGGCCAGUGCGCAGGGCCCGCUUUCGGCCUUGUGGUUGUCCCUCAGGAGAGUUAACUGGAACAUGGCAAGUUCUACAAUCUUGGUUGACGAUGAGGGCCUGCAUAUCAGUUUGCUGCAGUAUUGUCCCAGUGAGGUGCUGUUUUUCCUGCGUCGCAGCCUCGACCGUUGGCAGAGCCAUCGUAUCCUCGACCAGCUGCCUGUGGCGCCCCCAGCCGAUGGUGACGGCAGGCGGCAGCAGCAUGUGUGGCUUCGUGCGCUUCGACUGGGACACGCCUCCUUGGCGCCUGGCCACAGAGGGGCUCUGGCCAAGCUGCAGUCCAACGGGUUCUGGUCGCCGCAGCGCCGCAUGCAGGUUGGCUACGGCGGCGACGGUUCGUGCGAGUUCUGCGGGGGGGCCUGCUGCGACCUCGAGCAUGAGAUCUUCGGCUGCACGGUAUUGCAUCAGCAGCAGGAGGACGAGGAGACGGAGCCGUACCCCGAAGAGGUGGCCAAGAGGAGGAAGGACAUCCUGGAGGCAGCCCCGUGGCGCGACGGGGGCCAGGUGCAGGACUUCUCGGCCGUCGACGUGCUCUACGCGCUGCCCCUGUGGCCUGCUUUCAGGCCGCUGCCUGCACGUGCUCAGGCUGAGCGCGAGUGGGGGGCGAUCGACAUGCCGUGGCCGUCGAAGUUGUACGGGGACGG